UCAAUUGCUGACAUAUUUGCCACCUUAGAGUCCACACUGGAAAUGCUCCAAAUGUAUCAAAAAAGGCCCCAAAGAGCACAGGAUGGAUUCAGUCACACACUUUCACACCGACUGCCUCAGAGGAGCAGAAAACAUCUCAGCUGUGAGAAACGUAGUUUUGACACAUCUUAUCAAGAGGCUGCAGAGCUGCUUCAUAGAUGCUAGCCAAGAUGUGGUGAAGGCAACGGUGAUCGUAAGCUUUAAAUUGUGGCCCACAAAGCUACAUCAAGAAUUCGGGGAGAAAGAGGUAUCCAUCCUGACUUCACACUAUGAGCCAGUGUUAGAAGCUGCCAGUGUGAAAACAGAUGAAGUAGAUACGGAAUGGAGCAUGCUGAAAUUAGAGAUUUAUGCCAGAUUUCAGAACAUUCAAAAGCUGACCUGGGAUUUUGUGAAUUCCAUUUACGCACACAAGUAUCCAAACAUCCUGAAGCUCGUCGACCUGGUGCUGACCCUCCCUGCAAGUUCAGCUGAAGCGGAACGUGGCUUUAGUCAGAUGAGACAUUUCACAUCCCACACGUGGGCCAACAUCAAGGCUGAGAGCCUGACCGAUAUCCUCAUCAUUCAGCUGAAUUCUCCAGACAUCAAUCAUUUCGACCCCAGGAAAGCUAUCCGUUUGUGGAAUACAAGAACACCAUCUUCAGCCGGUCACACGUCAGAUUCCUCAUCCGACUCAGAAAGCCAUUAUGGAAGUGAUUAGCACCAUUACAGACAUUGGCUUCCUUACUGAUCACAGCAAAAAGACGGAUGAGUUCCAAAACCCUGAAAAUGAACUGUAAAGAAGUCACCAGUCUUCGCAUCAGACUCAUAAAGGCAUUUGACAUCUGCCAAACAUACAAAGCAAAAAUAUGCGGAUGGGUUUUCUUGUGACUUUGUUGUGCCACUUUAGUACCCACACAUUCUUUGGUGUUCUUUGAAUGGAAAUGUAUGUUGAUAAACAAAACGUGAUUGUGAUGUCAUCUUUCUGAUAGUUCUUACUAAGCAGAACCAUAUUGUCUAGCAUACCAUUAACUAUUUCUUCUAUAUAAUUCCAAAUGACAGUCGCACCGGAUAAAUCAGUAUCAGGGCCAAACUGAGAGCAUUUUAAAUUCAUGAACAAAAUAUUUAAGUGCAUCUAUUUAUGUUAGUGUAUUAGCAGUGAAUAUAUCACCCCAUGCUUAAGAAACAUAAACUAAACAAUGAAACAUUAAAAUGGCCUUCACACCUCACAUUAAAAUCCCCAAGUUAACAACCAAUAGAAACUUAAACUAUCAUCUUACAAUUUUUUUGUAUGUAGAGAUUAGAACACUGAACAUAUAUUGUACAUAUCUCAGAAUUUUUAAAUAUUUUAAGUAUCUUCAUGGUUUCCACAGAUUUUAUUUGUAGUUUCAUCUUGAGGAAAAAUGACUGAUCUGUCUUUUAACUUAUCUAAAAAUCAAUAUUGAAUCACAUGAAGUUCAGUUAUCCAAAAAUUCUGUUACCUAAGAAAAAGGUUCUUUUCGCUGUAAACUUGACUACUUGAGUUUAAUCAAGAGGUAUGCCAAUGCAUUUGUGAACGACCUGAUGGAUGGCCAAUUACAUAACAGAAAGGAAGCUUCUGCUCUUUUUCCCGGGAAAUUGCCUUCCCAACGGUCAAAACUGUAUAUUUGACUUGAACCAGUGACAUUUUAAGAGGAUUAUUACAUUUCCCUGGAAUACGGAGGGAAUGUUAAGGAUGUUUCAGAAAUAUUAAAAUCUUGACUAUAGAAAGAAAAACUUUGGCCCACUUCCUCUGUGUUUCGCUCUUUUUCUCCUAAACAAAGAAGAGUAGCUCUGUAAUCUGGACCUGAAAAAUAAAUGGGGACCCACUAGGAGAUUCUCUGGACUUGGAAGGUACUGCUGCUGUGUGGGUUGCUAGAUUUGUAUUUUUUAAACUCCUCUCAUCUAUUUCUGUUUCCUUACUUCUUUUUUUUUUUUUAAU